AUGGCUAAAGCAAUAGAGGAUGCUAUUAGAACUAAUGUUUACUUCAAGCAAUCUCGAUUAAGUUCAUUAUAUUCUAAUUUUGAUAAUCUUGCGGUCUUGAAUCCAGAGGGAUAUGAAGCAAAUAUUGAAGCAUGGUCUAGCUUGCUAACUGAGUUAGUAAGGGAUAAUAAACUACUGGAUUCAAUGAUAUCGAUCCUGAAACGACGCCUAAACGACUACUUAUGUAUUCCUAUUUAUGGUAAACCAGAUAGCAUUGGAACAGUGUUAGAGGAGCUCAAGAGUAGGAACAAGUUAUUACCUUUACAAACUUUCAUGAAUAGUACAUAUCCCAUAGUAGAGGCUAAGAGUACUAGCAUUAUGACAAUAUUGUCACCAUUUUAUUGGAUUCCGUGGAGUAAGUCAAUUUUUUCAACUUAUAUUAAGGAGGACAAUAACUACUUUAAUGGUGAAAGGUACAUUUUUGUUGAGUUAUUACAGGGAUUAGGUAAAGAAUCUAUCCAGUACAUCGAAGACACAAUCUCUGCAGAGGCCACAGAAUCAGCAAGGUUAUUUGACGAAAAGAUUUUAUUCGAACUCCUCAAGGAAAAGUUUGAACUCACCUGGAAUGAUUAUUUAGUUCUUUUAAAAUACUUAGUGACUGACUUACGAAAGUGCGUCAUAGAGAAGACAGAAGAAAGAAUUUAUAUCAAGUUUGAAGAUAGCAAAAAGCUCUCAGAAGAAGAUAUUCGUAUAAUAGAUUUAAAGGCGAAUAUAGCCAAUUUAAUGAAAAGAUACUCAUAUAUGGAAAGCCGGAUUUACGAGUUAGAUAAUAGAUUGAGUGAACUUGGACGUAAUACACUGAAUAAGAAUGUGGAAGAUAGAAUGAAAAAUUGUUUACGACUAAAGAAGCUCUGGACUACGUCGCUAAUGAGAAUAUCGGAUGCAGAGGUUCAGUUAAAGAUGAUUUUACAUAAAAUUAAUGAAGCUACUUUCAAUAAGGAUAUCUAUACACAGCUAUCGAAAGGCGCAUCAGUACUCUCAAACUUAAAUGCAAAAGUUCGUUUAAGCGAUAUCGACGACUUGAAAUUAGACCUAGACAGAGAAAUUGAGGCAACAAAUGAGAUAGGAGAUGCUCUAGUUUAUGAUAAUAAAGUCGAUGAUGCAGAGAUAGAACGUGAGUUACAGAAGACGUAUGAGACAUCCAGGCAUGACUCAGCUAGCUUAGAAAAUGAGGACCUACUCAACAAGCUAGACAAGUUAAGCAUUAACAAGCAAGAGAUUGAGAGGAAUGAUCAACGAGAAAAACAGAAGGAAUUAGAGCCGGCUUAA